AUGGCAACCAAAGGAGUCGCAGUCGGCAUUGACCUCGGCACUACCUACUCUUGCGUUGGUGUUUUCCAGCAUGGUAAAGUAGAGAUCAUCGCUAAUGACCAAGGGAAUCGCACCACUCCCAGCUAUGUGGCUUUCACAGACACAGAAAGGCUGAUUGGCGAUGCAGCCAAGAAUCAAGUGGCCAUGAACCCCCAGAAUACAGUGUUUGAUGCCAAGAGACUGAUCGGGAGAAAGUUCAAUGAUCCUGUAGUGCAGUGUGACUUGAAGCACUGGCCGUUCCAAGUGGUGAGCGAUGAGGGGAAGCCUAAGGUCAAAGUGGAGUAUAAAGGAGAAGAGAAAAGCUUCUUCCCUGAGGAGAUCUCCUCUAUGGUGCUUACAAAGAUGAAAGAGACAGCAGAAGCUUACCUGGGCCACCCUGUUACCAAUGCUGUUAUCACUGUGCCAGCCUACUUUAAUGAUUCCCAGAGACAGGCCACCAAGGAUGCCGGUGUCAUUGCAGGACUGAAUAUUUUGAGAAUCAUCAAUGAGCCGACAGCAGCUGCUAUUGCUUAUGGCUUAGACAAAGGAUCCAGAGGGGAGCAAAAUGUGCUUAUUUUUGAUUUGGGAGGAGGAACAUUUGAUGUCUCCAUCCUUACUAUCGAUGAUGGCAUCUUUGAAGUGAAGGCAACAGCCGGCGACACUCAUCUGGGUGGAGAAGACUUUGACAAUCGUAUGGUGAAUCACUUUGUUGAGGAAUUCAAGCGAAAACACAAGAAGGAUAUCAGUCAGAACAAAAGAGCUCUAAGGAGGCUGAGAACAGCCUGUGAGAGAGCAAAGCGCACCCUGUCAUCCAGCAGCCAGGCAAGCAUUGAAAUUGACUCCCUCUUUGAAGGUAUUGACUUCUACACAGCCAUCACCAGGGCCCGCUUUGAAGAACUGUGCUCUGACCUCUUCAGGGGUACCUUGGAACCUGUGGAAAAGGCUCUGAGAGAUGCCAAGUUAGACAAAUCUCAGAUACACGAGAUUGUCCUUGUGGGGGGUUCCACACGCAUUCCUAAAGUGCAAAAGCUGCUUCAAGACUUCUUUAAUGGCAGAGAGCUAAACAAGAGCAUAAAUCCUGAUGAAGCUGUGGCAUAUGGAGCUGCUGUACAGGCUGCCAUCCUAAUGGGUGACAAAUCAGAAAAUGUGCAAGAUUUACUUCUGUUGGAUGUUGCACCUCUGUCACUGGGCUUGGAGACAGCAGGAGGAGUAAUGACUGUGCUCAUCAAGCGCAACACAACAAUCCCAACCAAACAGACACAGACCUUCACCACAUACUCUGACAAUCAGCCUGGGGUGCUUAUCCAGGUGUUUGAGGGAGAGAGGGCUAUGACCAAAGACAAUAACCUUUUGGGGAAAUUUGAGUUAAGUGGAAUCCCCCCUGCUCCCAGAGGAGUACCUCAGAUUGAAGUCACCUUUGACAUUGAUGCUAAUGGCAUACUAAAUGUGUCUGCUGUGGAAAAGAGCUCUGGCAAACAGAAUAAGAUCACAAUCACAAAUGACAAAGGGCGGCUGAGUAAAGAGGACAUUGAAAAGAUGGUACAGGAGGCAGAAAAGUACAAGGCUGAUGAUGAUGCUCAAAGAGAAAGGGUUGAUGCCAAAAACGCACUAGAAUCCUAUGCAUUCAACUUAAAAAGUAUGGUGGAAGAUGAAAACGUGAAAGGCAAGAUUAGUGAUGAAGACAAGAGAACAAUUUCAGAGAAGUGCACACAGGUCAUUUCCUGGCUGGAGAAUAAUCAGCUGGCUGAGAAAGAAGAGUAUGCCUUCCAGCAGAAAGAUCUAGAAAAAGUAUGCCAGCCCAUUAUUACAAAACUGUAUCAAGGUGGUGUGCCAGGAUGCAUGCCAGGUUCUAGCUGUGGUGCUCAGGCCCGACAAGGUGGCAACUCGGGUCCAACUAUAGAAGAAGUUGAUUAA